AACAUUUUAUCGAUCACAAAAUCGUUGAUCAUUUUACGCAUGAUACCAAAAUGGCUGCACAGCAGCCCAAGAAUCUCAAUGGCAAGACGGCAAUCGUCACAGGAUCCUCGAGAGGAAUCGGCGCUGGAAUAGCACUGGACUUAGCUAAGAGGGGUGCAAAUGUCGUGGUGAACUACACAUCAACAAGAGGAGAGAGAGCAGCUGCUCAACUCGGGAAAGAAAUAGAAGAAUGUGGAGCGAAAGUCGCAAUAGUCCAAGCAAACAUAGCAAUCAUGGAAGAUCUCAAAAAGCUCAUCGAUGCUGCACUCGCAAUAUCAGUGAAUGGGAAGGUCGACAUACUUGUCCAUAAUGCCGCUACGGGGGAUGACUGCUAUCUUGAAGAGAUGACUGAAGAAUUCUAUGAAGCUCAAACGGACGUCAACUUGAAAGCACCAAUCUUCCUGACACAACUUACACUCCCUCAUAUUGCUCGAGGAGGUCGGAUUGUCCUGAUAUCCUCUGUUUCAGCACGUAUGGGCAUGCCUCAGCAGACAGUUUACGCAGCAACGAAAGCAGGCCUCGAAGGGAUGUGUAAGGUAUGGGCGACCGAGCUGGGGAAGAAAUACGAUAUUACAGUUAAUUGCGUGAGCCCCGGCCCCGUGGCUACGGACAUGUGGACAGAAUGCGAACCAGACGUAGUGGCAGCUCUUCAACCCUCCAUCGAUGCUACACCGGCAGCUGCCAGAGUCGGCGAGGUGUCAGACAUUGUCCCAAUCGUUUCUUUCUUGUGCUCAGAGGAAAGCCGCUGGGUGACUGGGUCAACUGUCAGCGCAAGUGGUGGGAUGAAUUUCAUCUGAUGUUCUGGCAUUGGAACAUGCUUAGUACCG